AAACCACAUACGGAAAUUACCGAAGUUUACCGAACGAUUUCCGUGUCGUUUGCAGGGCGGAAAUAGAUAUUGCCCAUUGAUGGAGAUUUUCAAAAUGGCUGGGAUGAUGAGGUAUUUACCCCUGUUGGUGGCGCUCUGUGCUACUGUUGUUCGAUGCCAGAUGGACACCAGUGUGUGUAUGGGCCAGGACCCGGGACCCAAUGAUCCUGCGUUCCCCACCCUUCCAACCGCAUUUGACACACAUAUCGAGGCGAAUAUCAACAACAGGGCUUUCACCACUGACUUUCACAUGUGGUACAACUUGUCGCAAAACAUCGUGGGCCUCGAAUCAACAAGUGCCGGUGUUCGACUGUCACAGAUCUAUAAUUUCAAUACCAGCCAAUACCUGGAGACGAAUAGAGAUACGAAUCAGUGUACAAAUUCCCCGCUUGGAACCAAUAGCCCGCUAUUCACAAUUCUCGGAACAAUGAACGGAAAUAAACCUACUAUGAGAACCCCUAACCAGAUGCUUCGUUUUAAUGACGGGGGUAUUAAAACGAAAUGGGUAAACACUACCUUUGUUCGAGGUAUCAAAUGUAACAUGUGGACGUCGUGCUACUAUAUCCAGGCCACACAAACAACGGCGAGAGUUGAUUGGUUCUUCUCGGCUCCCGGUUGGACGACGUCAUAUCUUAUCCCACAGAUACCUGUUCGUGCACAUGUGUAUGGUAAAGCCGGAGCAAAGAGGCCGUUUGAUCAUGUUUACGAUUUCGCCGACUUUCAUAUAAAGCCGUUUAGUGGCAGAAAUCAUUACAUGACCCCACAGGGUGCUUUCUGUUCUGGUGAAAAAAGUCUAAAGGCUCUCCCGAACCCAACAUCGGCGUUCCACUUUACAGCAGAAAUCGUCAGUCCGAGCUCAUACGCCGUGACACCUAUUAAGGAAUACUACAACGACGAAUUAUCGUUAGGUCGUUACGACUAUGUGCCCAGUAACGCCAGGCCGUAUGGAAUGGUGCCACUUACAGAGGUUCACGAUUUCACAACAGGCGUUGCGUACAUCACUGAUCAAAAGAGGGGAAAUUGUACAGCAAUCCCGAUUGAGGUGUCAAUGUUUGACGUCAAAAUGGCCGACCCGUCCCACGUUCGGAUACGAACGUCGAAGGAGUUCUUUUACUUCGAUAAGGCGGCAUACAUUUACGAAGGACAGCGCGUCGUUCGCGGUAUCACGUGCGACGUCUGGAUCGCCCAGAGAAAUGACUGGCCAACGGCAGGCUCUGGCGUAAACACCACAUGGGAAUGGUACUUUGCCACGCCGACGUACACCGAAACCCUCCCUGAUAAGUUGCAGUUCGGCAACCCUGUAAUGAUGUACAUGACGGCCGGGGCUAAUACCGGUAUCACUUACUACUAUAACAUCUACGCCUAUGAUGAGACGCGGCCUACCAUUUGGUCUUACGACAUCUCCAAGUGCUUUAACUACACAAGCAGGCGGGACUUCUCCUUCAAAAUCCCAGGCAACUAUCGCAAUUUAGUGGUUGGUAACCAAGAGGAGUUCCGGUACGCCGUACUUCGGGCGAUCACCAAGGCCGGAAGUGAUAGUACUCAUACACUAUCUGCCCUCCGCGUCUACAACAUACAGGCUGAUUAUUUGAGUGGAAGCGUCAUCAGCGUCACGUUUACGCUACUGGACAAGGCGCCGCAGAUAGGCGACACGACAAAGCAGAAACCAGAGAACGACUUGAACACCGUUGCCUCAAAAAUCAGCGCCGCUAUAAACGGCGGCCAGUUCAUUGUGAAAAUACGGGACCCAGUUACCAACCAGCCCAACCAAAUGGUUGCCCAGGUGAACUCUCUUGCUCAAACUCAGAGGAUCACAAAAGUCAGCUACUACCGGAACACGGUGCCAGGAACGACAACUUCCACCGGAUCGUCCGGAGGAGUGAUGGCGGGGUUGGGCGUGGCUAUGUUGGUCGUGUUCUUCAUUCUUGGCGUACUGGGUACUUAUUUCUACUACCGCAGGCAGGGCGGGGCCUUCGGACCAAAGAGAUUUGACAAUCAGGACAUUACAGAAAGCACUUCAUAA